GUGGUGCCCGUUCAGUCAGUGGUCGUACGUUGAACGUAAAAGUUAUAAUGUUAGUGAUAUGAAACGGAUUUUAUACGAAAAAGGGACGGUUAAAGGCUGAAAAAUAAACGGAAGUUCCGAGCGAGAUAUUCGGAAGUAAUGUGUUUUUGUGAAUUUUGCGAGGAAUUAUAAAAAGCAGAGCGAAAGUGUUGGAAUAAAGGAAUUAAAUUUAAAAUUUUAUUGAAAAGUGUUAUGAUAUCGAAUCAAAUGUUAUUUUGGAGAUCUAUAGUGAAAAAGUGUGAAAACAAAAAUAAACAGCAAACUUCAGCUGUAUGUAAAUAACAUGCUAGAGCGUCACGAUUUCUUAAAUGUAAAUUAAAAAUACUUGAAGUAUGCCAAAGUGCUAAAGCAUUGGACGGAUGUAAUUUCCAUAACCAAUGAAUUUCCUGUGUCGGACCAUUUGAGUGCUUUGUUUUUGUGUCGGUAGUGCUUUGCGCAUACUAUUGUCGCCGAAAAAAUAAAGACGAGUAUAAGCAAAAAAAAUUGCAAACCUACAACAAUAAAUGUUUAAAAAUAUGCAUUAGUUUUUAGUAAGACAUAGUGUGGUUUAAGUGCGGCGGUCGUAUAUAAUAAAUUUUUAGGAGUGGCUCACAAUUUGGUAUUAAAGUUAAUGUUUUCUUAAAGCGUCUACUUUUCUAGAAGUAAACAUUUGUUUUGUGUCGCCGCGAAUGGACUCAUACCUGUAAAUAAGACCAUAUGUACGUAUGUAAACACGAGUAUUGCCGACCCACGUUGCAGAGAAAGUGCGAAAUUUUGUGCGAGCUAAAAUAUUAACCGACACUGAAAAUGUCAGUUGAAUUUUGCCGAAACCAGUAAAGACGGUUAUAAAGCGGCAAGGGAGUACGUAAGUUAAGUGACACAGUAAAAUAGAGUGGAAGUGGUGGAAAAGUUGUUGCUUUCCAUACACCAAAAAACAAAUAUAUAGCGAUUUAGCUGCAGCCACUUAAGUAAGUGACGCGUUGUACCUCUGCCUGACUGUCGGCACUAAUUUUACCUGCCAAAACGAUAAGGAUAAUAAACGAGAACCGAGCUGAAGUGCAUUAAACAAAAAGUGUGAGCAGCAAAUGAUAGUCAUAGCAAAUUGAAAACAGUAUUUUAAUAAAAAAUAAAAAAGUCGUACGAAAUAAGAAUACAGAAAAUUGUUUGUCACCAACCAGCUCUACUGGUAUCCUGAGAUUUGCUGACAUUAUUGCUGAUUACAAAAAAAGUUUCCUUGCCACAAAAUAAGCAAAUACCCGGCAAUAAAACAAAAGCAAAGGUAGUUUAACCAUUCAGCCGUUAAAAGCAAACAGCCAAGCCAGCAAAAUCACAAAAUCAUCAAUGUGUAAUAUCCACCUAUGCACGCAUUGUCGGCACUCGGCUGCUACUGAUUGUUUGCGGUUGCAUUUACUUGUCGUAAAUCACGCAAACCAAUUGUCGUAGACAUUGCGCCAGACUGCAUAAAAAGCGAAAAAGCGUAGCGAGCGAAACAGUGAAUCACAGCAAACGGCAAAAGAAAAGUUAUCGACUUCCAACAGUCCGUCAAUAAAAAACGUUGACAAACUGCAUGCAACGUUGCGACGUGGAAUUACAUAUAAAACAAACAACAACAAAUCAAAUAACAAGCGGAAUAUUCAACAGCGUAAAAAGCGCGUACUUUGCAUUUAUUUUGGCGUUUCGUCGGCAACAUGGCGGGCAAUAUCGUCAAAUGGUGGAAGCAUAAAAUACUCGGCGGCUAUAAACAAUUCUCAGUCCAAGAAUGCACCACCGACUCUGAGGAGCUGAUGUACCAUCAGGUGCGCGCUUCAUCCUCCUGCAGUGCCCCACCCGACUUGCUCAUGGUGAGCGAUCGUGAAAACAAUAUACCGUUACGUUCGCCGGUAGUCAAUCUCAUUUCCAACACAACAACAACAACGGAUGCGGCUCAUCAUCACAGCAGCGCCGCUGUUGGCUGCAGCAGUGUGCAAAAACAUCAUCAUGCCACUGGACAACAGCAACAACAACAAAUGACACACCGUGAUCUACACCAACAACACUGUUCGAAGGAUGGCGGUGGUAAACAACAUUUGAAAUUGAGCAGCAAAAGUGCUUCCAGUAAAUUCAUUAAUACACAGCAACAGUUGGCCGUUAAUAGUCAACAACAACAACAACAGGAUGAAAUUGAUGGCCCACAACAGACAACGCAUCAGCGGCACUCCUCACAUCAGCACGGCAAGGAGGAGCGCAUACGGUUGGAGGAGUUCACUUGCGACGUUUCCGUUGAGGGUGGUAAGUCCACACAGCCACUACAGUUCUCCUUCACCUUCUACGACCUCGACGGCCAUCACGGCAAAAUCACAAAGGAUGACAUUGUCGGCAUCGUCUACACGAUAUACGAGUCGAUCGGCAAGUCCGUGGUGGUACCACACUGUGGCAGUAAAACAAUCAACGUCCGUCUUACUGUCAGCCCUGAGGGCAAAUCAAAAUCAGCCGCGGCCGCCGCUGCAGCUAACGGUGGAGGCGCGGGUGGCGGCGGCGGCGGUAAGUUGAAAAAAACAGGGAACGGCGCAACGGCCGGCUUAUUGGACGCGGCGACAAAGACAAACGCUGGUCACGGACAUGGACACACACGUCGCCAACACCGCUAUCGGCCGCGCAAACUAAUUAAAUCGGAUGAUGAGGACGAUGACAGUAACAGUGAUAAGGAAAAGGAAGCAGCAGCCGCGACCAAUGCUGCUGCCACAGCGACAAGUGGCGCAUUAGUCGCCAGUAGCGUGAGCGCACCCUUGGCGCCGGGUGUGGCCGGAAAGUCGAAAGGUCAUUCCAGCGGCAGCAAGUUCAAUAAAUUGAAAACCUCCGCCAUAGCGGCGGAGCAACAGCAAAUGUUGUAUCAACAACAACAGCAGCAGGAAACGGGCAACGCGGCAGCACCACAACAGCAACACACGCCACCACACAUCGACGCGUCUGCCGCAAUCUGCCCGCACGAGAGUCUCUAUGAGAAUAUGACGUCAGCAAAUCUGAAAUGUUGCAGCACUAAGGAUACGCUGCUGAAAAUCGAAGACUGUCGCGGCUGUGAGACGACAGUGACGAGUGCACCGAUUACACCUGCGGGUUAUGUACGCUCAUCGACGGAUGUGUACAUGCGACAGGCGUCGACGCGCGUCAAAAUGCUGCGUAAGGCGCGAAAACAAAAGGACCAUUGCCAUGAAAUACGUCAGCGCAGCCUCUCGGUCGGCAGCGAGGCCUGUUGGUACAAUCGGCACAUGCAACAACAACAUCCGAGCAAAUUGGAACAGUCUCAGCAGCAGCAGCAGCAAUUAGGUGAUGUUGUCGAUGGCGUUCAGCUACGUAAUCCACAGAAGAACACAGCUACCGCCGUGAGCGCCGACACCGCCUCGUCCGUUCUGGCUCAACGACAGCGCAACUCCGCUGAAUGCUGGAAAACCGCAUUGAAUCGCAACGACUUGAUGAGCAUUAUACGGGAGAGCAUGGAGAAGAAUCGUUUGUGUUUUCAGAUGAGCGGAAAACCUCAAGCAAAUGUGAGUCCUAUAAGGCAACCACAACUUCAACUUCAGCCUUACAGUCAGCAGCAGUUACAGCAACAACAGCUACAGCGCUCAAAUACUGUGUCGAAAAUACCGACCUUAAUUGCGAACCACAGCAAUGCAAUUAUCAACCACAGCAGCAGCAACAACAACAAUCACAGCAACAGCAACAACAACAACAACCAUCACCAUCAUCAUCACAUCCCCAACAACAGUCCCAGCAACAGCAACAGCAGCAGUCACAGUCACAGCAGCAAUCACACGAACAACAACAGCAGCGAAUUAAAUUUACACGACAUCAGCACCACCAACACCACACAAUACCAUCCUCAGCCACAUAUACCCAUCUACCAUCAACAAAUGGCCAUUAAUCCCGCUGUGCUCGCCGCACAAAGUGGCAUGCAGCAUGGUGUACAUAGCAAAAUGAAUUUGUGCGGCUACGAUUCUUUUUUACACGCCACUAUUUGCGGUGGCGGCACCAGUCACUCGCCACCGCCGACAACGAGCGGCAGUGUCGGCGCCUUAACUGCCACCACAUUGGUGCCGCAAAUUGUCGGCCACAAUCAACAGACUAAUCAACAACAACUAAUCGCAACAGUACAACCCAUUAUGAACGCAGUUCCUAGCAGCCAAAGCACGCCCGCAAAGGUCUUCCUCAACUCCACCACGCACCAGAUCAAAACGAGCAAAAUAUUGCGCAGCGGCUCAUACUCACAACAACAACACACACCGCUGCACAGCUUCACCGCACAUAAUUCACCACAGUACAGUGGCUAUCAGCGGCUGUCAUCUUCCAAUGCGCACCACAGCCACGGGCAUGGACAUGGUGGCCAUCAGCAACUACACCAACAGUGCGCCAAUAAACUGGCGGCUCUGAGUCUCGCCGACGCGCCGUUAACGCAUAAUUCACCUGUAGAGCACAUCGAGAAGUGGCUAAAGAACAAUAGCGCCCAACAUCAGCGCAAGGACAGCGCCAUGAAACAUGCUGAUAGUGCGCUCUACGCCAAGCUGAGCGAAAAGCUGCAAGAGAGCACCCUGAGCACACACAACCAACGUGAAAAUGUGCAGCGCCGCAAGUACAAAUCCGCACAUAAGUUGCGCAUGCCGACUGCGCGCAAUACGCCCACAGUGCAGUCGAAGAGCGCAUGCGCGCCUAAUGGCAUACAGUCGAGCAGCUCGAACACGAGCAUAGGCACCUACGCAGCGCUCAUACCGAUACACGGCGACCCGGCGGAAUGUGAGAACCUCAUCGCGCCGACCACAACCGACGACGAGGCGGUGAAUGAGGCGCCUUCAGCGCUGUUUUACACGUCGUGCAAAGCUGCCGCAACCACAACGCCGAAGUCAAAUGCAACGCCCAACGCUGCGGUGGAGUCAGACAAUCAAGAGAACAAUGUGGCAACCGCCAAAUUGGUGGACAUAAACGAUGAGACAGAAUUGGUGGCUGUUGAAGCUGUGGAGGGCGCGGUGGAUGAUCUGGAUGUGACAUUGCGCGUAAGCGAUGCGGCUGAGGUCGAGGAGGUAGAUGCAGAGGAAGGUGAGGAAGAUGAGGAGGAGGAGGAGGCAGAGACCGAAGAGAGUGGCGGUAGUGCGAGCGCGGCAAAUACGAGCGGCGGCGCGUCGUCGCUGAUACAUCGUUAUGUGCACGAGCACAUACACCAUCAUUAUCAUCACUUUGAAGAAAAAGACGAAUAAAAAAUAAAUAAUAAUAUUAAAUUUAUUUAACAAAAACACAAACAACAUAUUAUAUGAGAUUAGGCUCAUUGACUGAGCCAGCGUUAGACUAAAUUGUAUAUGUACUUGAUUGGUAGUGUUAUAAUAACAAAAAAAAUAGAUAUAUAUAUAAUAACAAAUACAAAUCAGCGUUUAAGUGUUGCUUAGCUGUAAUAUAUAUUAAUGUUAUCAAGUAUUCUUCAGUGAAUUUCUCACAACUAGCAUUGCUGUUGAUUACAAUGCUUGAAGGCCCAAAAGUAUGCUAUAAAUGUAAUGCUUAUGCUGUAAGGACGCAAAGUUGACUGCUGUAGGUAGGUUUGCUUACGAAAUAGCCAAUUGAAAGUGCAUUACAAUAAUUUAAAAUAAGCAUUUUCAUAUAAAAUACUUAAAAAUCAUUUACAGGCACAGAAAAAACUCUAACAUUUUUUAGCAAGCAAAUAAUUGGCAUACAAUUUUAAAACAAUUUUUUUACUGCAAAUUUUAAUUAUUUUUAUUAAAUUUCAGUUGUUACUGACCUCAAAACUGUAUUUGAAAAUUUUUAAUGGAGUGAAAGUCUUGCCAACAUAUCCGCAAAAGCAUAUCAACAUUGCCAAAUUUUCUAUAUACAAAAUUAACAGCAUGCAUUUAGGAGCGAAAUAAAAGAAAUGUCCCAAAUAGCUGCUAAAUUGAUACAACAACAACUUUGAAAUUAUUAGAUACAGAAAUUGCAAAAAUUUCAGUUCAUAAAGCCUUAAAAACUUUAUUAUACAGUAACGCGCAUAAUUUGAGCAUUAGGCUUUUAGAUUUCACUGUUAUUAUGCUGGUAACCGAUUGAUUUUGAGUCCUACAAUAUUUUAAAAACAAUUUAGCAUAUAGUAUUUCGAAAAAUUCUAACAAGAGAUUAAUGUUUAAUUUUAAAUUUCACCGUGCAUUCGGUCAAACGGAUUUGAAUAUCUGCAAAAAUUUAGUGGGUUUAGUAAAUACUAAAUUUAUAUUCAAAUUAACACAAACUAACAUUUAAUUAUUUUAUAAUUAAAUUUUAUUAUUUUCUAAUUUCGUUUUCAUAUUUUUGCUAGUUUUUAUUUUGUUACAUACUGAUAUAUUUUCCAAAUUAUAUAUAAAUAUAAUUAUUUGUAUUCAACUGUUUUAUGCUAAAAAGCGUAAUUAGCGUUUAAAAACAAAUUUUUUGUAUAUUUUAGAGUUUGGAAAGUUUUAAAGUUGACUGCGUUUCUAUACUUUACAGAAAGUGGUACUAAAUUUACGCACACCACUGUAGUGAGAAACCAUUUUUUUUUCUUAUUUUAUAGCAAAAAUUUUCAAUUUACCGAUAUUUAAUGACAGAUUUGCGUACUUUUUAAGUUUUUCAUAAAAAAUUUCGAUUAUUUCGAAUUUGCGAGCAUUGGUUAAAAGCUUUGUAAACAAAAUAAAAACCAAAAUUUUAAAACUAUAAAUAAUUUUCGGCGAAAGGAUACUAAAGUAUUAGCGAGGUUUGCUUACAAAAAAAGAGAAAAACAAAAAAAUUAAAAAACUAUUGUAGCGGUAAAUAUAAAUUAAAUAGAAAUGUUAUUUGUUACUCAAAUAAACUAAGCAACUACACUAUUGUUGUUGCAAAUAUGUACUUGGGAAAUUUAAGGAAUUUAAGCGCAACGCUGGGGACCAUAUUACCAAUGCUAAAAAGUAAAAAUUAAAAUGCAAAACAAUAAAAAUUAAGCAAAUACAAAUAAAAUAGAUAAUUAAUUGAAUUUAAGCAAAAUUGCGCACAAAAUAAAUGCAUAAUGAAUUGAACAACAAAUACAUACAAAUAUGAAGAAACAUUCACACAAGCAAACACUAUAAAAAUGUAAAAAAAAAUAUGUAUACAUAUAACAAAUACAACUGUGGAAACACUAUUGUAACUGUAUAAAUUAUCUAUGAAAUAUUAAAUAUAUUAAAAUAUUUAAUUCAACUAUCUAAAUGAGUGUGUGAAGUUAUUGUAAAAGCUGACGUUGCUGACAAAUAUAUAUACCUAAAAUACAAAAAUAAAAAUGCAUGCAUAUAAAAAUUUAUAUACAUACAUACAAACCUAUACAUAUAAUAUAAAUGUUUCGCUUGCAUAAAAAACAUACAAAAUGAAAACUAGUUGAAAUUGUUUGAUAGUACUUGAAUAGCAAAUAAAACCAACAAGAGAUUUAGAAAACAUUAGCACAGUUACAUACACAUAUAUAUAUGCAUGUAUACUAACGCAGUUGACAAAUUAUAAAAUUAUUAAAUAUUAAUAUUUUUUUGCUAAAUACAUGUGGCAACCAAUUGUUUUGCGCAGUUCAAUAAAAGAUGUUGAUUACUUUAAGCAAACACUAAUCGAUUUUAUAUGCAAAGAAUUUCAACUGACUCAAAUAGUUAUGUACAGUGGGUAUAUACAUAUUUAUAGUUAAUAUUUUAGUACUAAGUUUCAUCUUCACCUUCGAAUUACAACAACCUAUCACCGCUGAAUUUAUUAUUUUUUUAUAGAUAGCCAAUUUUUCUUUAUAUAUUAUAUAUACUUCUAUUUAUCUGUAGUUAUGUAUUUAUUAUAUAUAAAUUAUAGAUACUUUACGCAUAUAAAUAUAAUUGCUGCAACAUAUGUUCAAUUCUGUCAAUAUAUACAUCUACUACAUAUAUAUUAUUUUUUCUUAAAACAUAGAAAAAGACUGAUUUCCAUUUAUGAAUUUAUUGAAAAAAUGAGAAUUUUUUUAAAAUAUGUAUCUAUGGAAAUACAUACAAUAAAUUAUUGAAUGAAUUGUGAAAAAGAAAC